UCUUGUCUUGCCCUUUUUUUUCACACCCUACCACUUAAAUGUGCCUUUUUUCUUCUCUCUCUCUCUCCUCUUUAGUACCCACACUCUGAAACCCAGCUCUCAACUCUUUAGAUCACCUCCAUUAAAUUCAAACGCACAACAUGUAAAGUCAUAAUUAUAACUGGGCACUGCUUCAAAUUUUGUACAACGCUCUUCUUUCACAGUUUCAGUGCCCCCCCAAUUUAAUUUAGGGUUCCAAUACAUUUUUGAAACUUGGAGAACAAAUUCAUUAUUAUCAUUGUUCAUUGAUUGAGAAAAAAAAAACAUGGGUGUUGCAGGAAUCAACCCAGCGUUGGGGGAAUUUGGGUUGGUAAAUACUACAACAAUGAAUGGUAAUGUGAAUGUUAAUAUCAACAUUAGUAAUGGAAAUGGUACAAGUGAUCUCAAAGACCAGAAUUUGUUGAAGCUUCAAAAACACCAUAUUUCUUGCUGGAAAUCUCAAAGGAAGCCAUUAUCAUGGUCUUUUGUUUGUGGGAUUAUGUUAUUUGCACUUGGUUUGAUUUCUUUAUUUACUGGCCAUGUUGUUUCUGAUCUUGAGUACUACUCUCACCGCUUGAUUAAACCUCACUUGAUCACCAAAUGGGCUAGGAGCCAUCAUGAACCAAUAAAUAUAUGGAAAUCAAAAUAUACGGAUGCUUACUAUGGAUGCAGUAGAAGAGGCCGACAUUUUCGUUCUGCUAUUCCUCAACGAUUUUCAAAUGGCUAUUUGCUUAUUGCAACCAGUGGAGGGUUGAAUCAGCAGAGGACUGGGAUAACAGAUGCUGUCGUUGUAGCUCGUAUACUUAAUGCUACUCUGGUUGUUCCCUCAUUGGACCAUAAUUCCUAUUGGAAAGACGACAGUGACUUCGCUGACAUUUUUGAUGUUGACUGGUUCAUAUCUUCUCUUGCAAAGGAUGUGAAAAUUGUGAAAAGAAUUCCUGACAAAGUCAUGAGAUCUAUGGAAAAGCCCCCAUAUACUAUGCGAGUUCCUAGAAAAUCAACUCCUGAAGAUUAUAUAGAGCUAGUAUUGCCAAUACUAUUGAGACGACGUGUUGUGCAGCUGUACAAGUUUGACUACAGGCUAGCCAAUGACCUUGACCCAGAGCUUCAGAAGUUGCGUUGUCGAGUUAAUUUUCACGCACUAAGAUUUACAAAACCAAUACAGGAACUUGGUUCAAGGAUUGUGAUGAAAAUGCGUGAGAUGGAUAAGCGAUAUAUUGCAGUUCAUUUGAGGUUUGAACCUGAUAUGCUUGCAUUUUCUGGGUGCUACUAUGGUGGGGGUGAAAAGGAAAUGAAUGAACUUCGUGAAAUCAGGAAACGAUGGGACACGUUACCAGAUUUGAGCCCUCUUGAAGAGCGUAAAAGAGGAAAAUGUCCACUUACUCCUGAAGAAGUUGGUGUAUUGCUACGAGCACUUGGGUUUAAGAAUGAUACCUACCUUUAUGUUGCGUCUGGUGAAAUUUACGGUGGGGAAGCAACUCUACAACCUCUUCGGGAGCUUUUCCCAAACUUUAACACGAAAGAGGCCCUUGCUGGUGAGGAGUUGAAAUCUUUGAUGCCCUACUCUUCUCGUCUUGCUGCCAUUGACUACAUAGUAUGUGAUGAGAGUGAUGUAUUUGUCACCAACAACAAUGGGAAUAUGGCAAAAAUACUUGCAGGUCGCAGGAGAUAUAUGGGUCACAAGAGGACGGUUAAACCAAAUGCAAAAAGGCUUAGUGCGUUAUUCAUGUCAAGGGAUACAAUGGAUUGGCGCAUUUUUGCUAAAAAGGUUAAGUCAGCCCAGAGGGGAUUCAUGGGUGAACCAGAUGAAAUGAAGCCAGGAAGAGGCGAAUUCCAUGAAUUUCCAGCUGCUUGCAUAUGCAGGAGACGAACUAAAGGACUUACAAAUGGCACUAGUGAAGAAGGUGACAUAUCUGAGAGUGAGAGAUGGCAUAGAUUCAACAAUACAGAUGCUAUUGCGGAGAAGUUUGGAUCUUUAAGAGAUGGAGAAGAUGAUGAGUUUUUGCCUAGAUUGUGAUCACACUAUCCUCAAAGUAACAUCAGGAUAAAUUCAUUUUUCUCUGAAUGGAUUUUGGUCAACGAAAUCUGAGUUAGAUUGAUGUAAAUAUCAGUUAGAAUACUCUGAUGACCUCCAAUUGUUUAUAAAUGCUUUUUUGCAGCUUAUGUAGCUACGGCUCAAAAUUGCAUUCUUUUUGAGUGAUUAGUCCGCCUAGCAUUAGGCCUUGGGUGUCGGUUGUUUGACAUACUCAUUGCUAUAGCAGAAGUGCUAAGGCAACUUUUGUAUCAAUAUGUUCAUUCUUUUAA